UGGCGUUGGCAAUUGUCAACAUCUGUGUCUCAAAUAUAUACCAAUAUAUGGCCGUGUUUAUGGGAGAGUUUGAAAAAUGCUAGGUGUUAGAGUUAAUUCUUUCAAUGAAAAUGGGUUGGGUGAACCUGAACAAGACGCAAAUUCAGCAUUAACAGAGUUAGAUAAAGGUCUUCGAUCUGGACGUGUUGGAGAGCAGUGUGAAGCAAUUGUGAGAUUUCCAAGACUGUUUGAAAAAUAUCCGUUCCCGAUUCUUAUUAAUUCAUCUCUGCUUAAACUUGCAGAUGUAUUCAGAGUUGGGAAUAAUUUCUUGCGUGUAUGGGUGUUACGUGUUUGUCAGCAAAGUGAGAAGCAUCUAGAUAAAAUAUUGAAUGUUGAUGAAUUUGUACGCCGAAUUUUCAGUGUCAUACAUUCAAAUGACCCAGUAGCUAGAGCUCUUACUUUGAGGACUCUGGGUAGUGUUGCUGGGAUUAUUCCAGAGAGGCAGCAGGUACAUCAUAGCAUUCGUCGUAGUCUGGAUUCUCAUGAUACAGUUGAGGUGGAAGCAGCUAUCUACGCUGCCAUGCAGUUUGCUGCACAGUCUAAACUGUUUGCUUUGAGUAUGUGCAAUAAGAUCUCAGACAUGAUCCAGGGAUUGGCAACGCCAGCACACAUGAAGCUACAGCUGAUUCCCAUAUUACAGCAUAUGCACCAUGAUACAUCAACAGCUGCCAUGGUUAGGCAGUUGUGCACUGACCUUUUACCAAGCUAUCCUGCUCAAGAAUUUGUUUUAGUCACCUUAAACUCUCUGACACAGUUGGCGUCUGCUACAUUGGUUGACAUUCCAAAUCAGGUGUCGCUUUUGCUUCAUUAUCUACGAACUGAUCCUCGGUGGGCUGUGAAAGCUCAGGUUCUACAGGGACUCCACCUGCUUGCAGGGCAGGGUGCACAUCUAUGGCCACCAGGUGCUGUAGAAGCAAUUGUAGAUGUGGCCCUCAACACGCCAUAUCAGAAAGUUCUUAGCUGGUCACUGGAUGUUCUACAAGUCUUGGCCAAAUCCACUGCAACCUGCCAUUCCCAGCUGCACCCAGACUCGCCUUUGAUGGAACUGUGUAGUCAGAGUUGCUAUUCAAGUAAUCCUGUAAUUGCUGCAAAGGCAGUACAAGUCAUGACCAGGAUUGUGUGUUAUUGUUACAAGGAAGAAAUGCCAGUUCAUGGAGUAACUGAGGCUGUGGACACUGUCGAGUCUUUAUUCCUCCUGGUGACGUGUGACUCAGGGCAGGAACAUAAUUAUGAACUUAAAGUUUGCCUUCAUUGUGCAGUCAGCUUGUGCCAAGUGCAUCGAGACCUUUGUACUCGUUUUGUUGACCUCAUCGGGACCCGUCUCAUGGGCACAUCAGGAUCAUGCAGUGUUCAGCUCUGUGAAGCUCUUGGUGCUAUUGGAGGUCUGCAGGCUGGAGCUCUACUCACUCUCUUACCAGAUAUCUUGGAGAAACUUCGAGAUCUGAAGUGUGUUGAAGAGCCCAGUACAGAACAAGUUCAUACCAAGGUAAUGCUUUGUACAUUGCUGUUUCAAACCAUGGCUGGAUAUGAAUGGAGCAUUGAGGCGAGACGCACAGUAGAAGGAGCUAUUGAAAAGACCAGUCUAUGGUCAAACUACAGGAUUGCCCGGUCUGCUGCCAGGUAUGGUCAUCACAGUGUGUCAGCUGGCAUUUUGAGUCAAUUGCGAGAACAAGUGUCUUCAGAGCACUUCCACUUUUGGUUAGUGUCACUUGAAGAACUAAGUCGUGGUGAGGCAGAACUCCUGGACUGUUCCAAACAGCCGAGUCUCAUACAGCGGCUUAGUCAGGCUGUGGCACAUUACAGCAAGUCUGUCGCAGCACUUAAGGCUGCAAGUACCCCUGUGCAGAGCUUGCAGUUUCAGUCAGAGUACACCAGGCUGAGAGCUGAGUUCUUACAAUGUCUGGCACAGAUGGUGCACACAUGUCACAGCCUGUGCACAGCCCCUCCUCCAGCUGUAGCAUCAGCAAUUGCAGAAACAACUCGGGAUAACUUACAGCGAUAUGGACACAUCACAAAUCAGUUAAGGAAGUGUGCAAAGGAAUUUCGAUCCUGUGGUGAACUCUACUGGAAACUGUAUCAGAGUGCCUUUGAUGCUGAUCCUGCUUCCCUUGCUAACAUUCAAAUCCUACAGCAGAUGUGUGUACUGAUGGCUCAUAGUGUGGAGAGAGUAGCUCAAGCCAAUUAUCAAGAUGAGAUCUUAUUGGAGUUCAGCUACCAGCAAACAAAUUUGGAAACGCAGCACCUGAUUCGAUGCUGCCAAGAGGCCAGUGUGGUAGCACAACAGUUGACUAGAAACGAAGAUCUUAAAACCAUUACACAUCAGCAUAUUGAUUGCUUAUUAAGGCAAGUGGAGAUCCUGGCAGAAUCUUCCUUAUGUCUCCCACGAUAUUUCUUCCAGGUUCUUCAGUCAACAAGUGUCAAGUUGGCUAUAUCUCCUCAACCCCGGGUCGUGGGGGAGUCUAUAAGUGUACAAAGUGGUUCUCAACUUGCUGUGAAGGUGGAGGGUGUAAUCCAGCAUGGUAAGAGACCUGGUCUGUUCCGACGAGUCAGUGGGGUGGUUGUAACUGUGUCUUCCCAACUUCAGGCUCGCUCAGUUCACACUAAUCAUGAUACUAAGAUUGUUGGAGAUGGAGGAUCUGUGUUAACCCAGACAGUUGCUCCACAUCGUGAUUUCUUUACAGCACAGUUCCUUCUAGCAUUUCCAACUGGUGGUCAGUAUUUGUUGAUUGUGGAGGCAUCAGUAAUAGAUGAAAAGAGUAAUGUAUGGCGUACUGGACCUCGGACUAGUCUCACAGUAAAAACUCAUGAAGAGGGUAGCAAGGUGGCAGUAACAGCAGCUGUCCAGGGUAAUGUGGCAGGAACAAGUGCUAGUACUUCUUCUAGAGGGAACUUCCCCAACACAAGUGUCCGAUUCUGAGGCCUCACUUCAGAGCAGGUAAAAUAUUAUAAGUAAUUUGUUUGUUUAUUUGUCAUCAGUCUUUCGACUGGUUUGAUGCGGUCCUCCAUUUUCGCCUAUCUUGCGCCAAUCUCUUCAUUUCCACCUAUUUUUUGUAGCCCAUGUCCUCAAAAAUCUGCGUCACAUAUUCCAAUCUUUGUCUCCCCCUACAAUUUUUCCCUUCAACUGUACCUUCCAUUACCAAAUUAACCAAUCCUGGGUGCCUCAGAAUGUGUCCCACCAUCCUAUCUCUUUUUCUGGUAAGAUUUUUCCCUAGACUUCUUCUUUCGCUUAUCCUGUCUAAGACCAGCUUAUUUCGUACUUUAUCAGUCCACUUAAUUUUCAGCAUUCUUCUAUAGCACCACAUUUCAAAUGCUUCUAUCCUUCUUCUUUCUGGCUUUCCCACUGACCAUGUUUU